AUGGAGUCCCUCGGCGGCUUCGCACCCACCCCGGCCGACACGCCCCGCUCUCGCACCCCGAUGCAGCGCCAGGACAAGCCCGCCAGCGACACGCCCAGCUCGUCCACCGCCUCGACCGCGACCACCGCCGCCCAGGACGACUCGCCGCUCUCGACCACGACCAAGUCGCUCGGGCUCGACAAGGAGGUCCAGAGCGUCGUCUCGGGCUUCUCGAGCUUCUGGGGGUCCAUCAAGAAGCAGGGCACUGCCGCACUGCAGACCGCCGAGAAGCAGUACGAGUCGGCGCGCGCCGACCUGUCGCCCCUCAUCUCGCAGGCCCGCGCCAACCUCGACCACCUCGGCGAGCAGACGCGCGCCGAGCUCCAGCGCCUGUCCGAGGCGCCAGCGACGGGCCAGGGCAUCGUCAUCGGCGCCGACGGCAUGCCCGUCAUCAUCGACGACGCGCCGCCGGCGGCCGUCGACAAGGGCAAGGGCGUCGACCGGUCGGGCGACGGCGACGGCGAGGGUUCCGGCGCGGACACGGCGAGCGACGUGCAGCAGCAAACGCCUGCAGCCGCCGCGUCGGCCUUCUUUGCGUCGCUCGCCAUGAACCCGAACGUCCAAGAGCUCUCGCGCAACCUGUCGACCCUCCAGACGGGCGUGUCGCGCAACCUGCACCAGAUCCAGUCGCAGCUCACGCACCUCGACCUCGCCGAGGGCCAGAAGGUCGCCGAGGACUACCUCCACAAGGGCGAGCACUGGUUCCAGGACUUUUCCCACGAGGUCAGCAAGCUCGCGAGCGACGCCCUCAAGGUCGUCCCGCCCGACGCCUCAUCGGCGCGCGAUGGCGCCGCAGGAGGCGACCACUCGGGCUCGGGCCGCACGAGCAUGGACAAGUCGGGCGCGGCGAGCGCCAUGAGCCGCCGCGAGCUCAUCCUGUACAAGCUCCGCACCGACACGGCGCUCCUCCUCGCCGACCCGGCGGCGUCGGCCGACUCGCGCGACUCGUUCGCCGCGUUCGUCGCUGCGCGCGGUGCGCUCGACGACGAGGCGUCGCAGGCGCAGGUCGGGCGCGAGCUCGAGAUGGGCGGCGAGGCGCUCCAGGCGACGCACGACGCGCUCGUGCCCGCGCAGCUCGACGACGAGACGUUCUGGGUGCGGUACUUCUGGCGCAAGGAGACGAUCGAGGCCGAGGAGGAGCGCAGGAAGAAGGUGCUCCAGAUCGCCGACCAGAGCGAGGACGACUUUUCGUGGGACAUGGACGACGAGGACGGCACCUCGGCCGCUGCGUCGCCCCGCCUGUCCGUCGUCGCCGGUAUGACGGCCGCCCCCUCGGCCUCGCUCGACGCCGCCGUCUCGUCCGACCCGGCCCCCUCUUCCGCCUCUGCUGCCGCACCUCCUCGCUCCGCCAACGACACGCCCACGCUCGUCUCGGCCGCCUCGCCCGCCGACUCGAACGCCGCCGCCGCCGCCGCCGCCGCCGCGCCAACCGCACCGACGGGCGCGGGCCCGAGCGCGUCGUCGCAGCACCCGUCGCCGACGCUGUCGCUCUCGACGACGGCCGAGCGCAGCCCGCGCGCGAGCAGCGACGGCGCGGGGAGCUACGACGUCGUCGACGCCAAGAGCGGCAACCCGAGCGGCGACGAGCUCGGUGGCGACAAGGGCGGCGCGGCGGACAGGGCGCGCAGGGACUCGGCGGCGGGAGCGGACGAGGACGAGGACAGCGACUGGGAGUGAGAGAGGAGGGGCGGUGGAACGGCGUCGCUGUGGCAGAUCCAGCUUAGCCGGCGCGGCCGGGUGUACUCUAGUGCUUUCUCUUUCGUCUUUUCCUCUCCCAUCAUUCCCUACCUACCCAUUCGAACGACCCACAUCCGUGCAGUGUACUCGUUGCGACUCUCGUCG